AUGAGGCUGUUUCGUUUUGAACUAGUAGAGACGUUUCUGCUAGCUGGUAUAGAAAUUUCAAAGAUUUACAUCAUGCGUCCUUUUCUUGAAAAGUAUGCUCGGCACAGGUAAUAAAUGGGACAUUAGCACUAGAAUAUAAUGUUGUAAUUUGAUAAAAGAUCUCUAAGACCUUAUGUUAAAUGAAAUUUACGAUGUGGUGGUUGCUGCAUUUUGGGUAGGUGUGGAAACCACAACACCACGUAUCAUGAUUAAUGUGUAAUUGAAUAGUGGUUAAAUAUUCAUUGAUUAUAUAGGUUAACCGGCGCUAGCCACAUGAAAGAUAUCAUUCCAUCGGUACUUGAGAAAGAACGCGAGAAAAUCAAAGCUGAAAUCCAAAACGUGCAGGAAGUACCUAUGAUAUUUGAUGGAACAGCCCGACUUGGCGAGGCUCUUGCAAUUGUGAUACGUUAUGUGCAGGAGAAUUUCAAGCCUACGCAGCGCCUAAUAUGCUUGGAAGUUCCUGCAAAGCCGCUAAAGGGUUCAGAACUAGCGCAGCGAUUGAUGUCGUGUCUUGCCGUAAAUCAUAACUUUGGUCCAAAUAUGGUACUCGCCACAAUGAGAGACGGCGCUGCAGUUAAUGGGGCUGCAAUACGACAGCUGUCAUUCUUUUAUCCUAACAUUUUUUUAUGUUACUUGUUUUUCUCAUACCAUUGA